GCUAGAGGAAGGGAUUUUCUUCCAACAUGGAGGGCAUAGCUGUGGAGAAUCUCAUAGACUUUGACCUGCCCUCGGAUGCCACAGUGCCCUCUGAUGGGGAUGGAGGACAGCACCAAGACCACUCAGACAUUUUCUCCCCGUUGCCUACAUCCUCCAUGGGGGUCCACCAGGAGCCCUUACUGCCAGAGCCCUUGGUCCCCACUAACCCCAGCUCUCGCCAUCAUCACCCACGGGGAGGAGAAGAAGGGGAAAAUGAUAGUGAUGCCACCGAAUCUGCAGACAGUGAGAAUGACAUGGACCCACCCUCCCAUAGGUGGGAGCUGAGACGGUCAUCCUCCUCGUCCAACCACAGUGGAGAGGAUGGAGGUGCCGAGGCGGUGGAAAGGAGGGAAUUCAUGAAGGCCUAUGUGGAGAAGAUUUUUCACGGAAGGGAAGACUUUGACCAGGAGGAGAAGGCCCAUUUUGGAGAGCUGUGCAGUGGGGAGAAUGGCAAAGGCAGGGAGUGGUUUGCCAAAUACGUCAGUGCACAGCGCUGCAACUCUAAAUGUGUGAGCGAAGCAACCUUUUACAGACUGGUGCAGUCUUUUGCAGUGGUCCUCUUUGAAUGUUAUCAAAUGGAUGACUACAGCCCAGCAAAAAACCUCAUGACCAUGUGCUUCACAUACUACCACAUUGGAAAGUUCCAGCUUUCUCCCUCAGAGUUGUUCGAUCGUGGGGGUCAGCCUUUGGGUCUCGACUCUUACCUGAACAAGGCCAACUCUUGGUUCUCUGGGAAGAAGGACGCUGCUGAACGCCUGCUGAAGACCACAUCAAAGACAGAUGUCAAGGGUUUCUUUGGAGGUCUGGAGAGCAAGCUGAGGGGUCCGAUGGCUCGUAAGACUGAGGAGGGAGAGAGCCCAGUAGAGACGAAGCUCAAAUCAUUAGUGCCUGAGCCUCCAGAGGAAAAGAAAGUGGAAAAGGUGUACCUGUACACUCACCUGAAGCAGCAGCCCAUCUGGCACACCCUAAGAUUCUGGAAUGCUGCAUUCUUCGAUGCCGUCCAUUGUGAGAGGAAGAAGAGAUCACCUACUACUAGGGAGAAGUGGUGUCACAUGACACAAGAGGAGAGGGACGACAGCUCCAAAAUCGAUGAGAAUAUCGCCUUCGGCCAGCUGGGGACAUUCACCCAUAAUAUGCUGGCUUUUGGGCUCAGUAAGAAACUCUGUAAUGAUUUCCUAAAGAAGCAGGCAGUCAUUGGGAACCUCAAUGAAGAACAGUACAAGUUGCUCUGUGACCACAUCGAGAAAAUGGCGGCAGAGUGAGUGCGAGGAAGAAGGCGACGGGCCGCAUUUCAAGUGAUAAAACAAGGACCUGACGCUGCACACGUAUCACAAACUCCUCACCCUUG